AUGAAAACUCGAGGAUAAAAACCAGAACAAAACUUCGCAUAUCAAUUCAAGAAGGAUCAGAUUCUAGGGUAAAACGAAAAAGGAAAGCCGGUCUUCUAUAAGGUAGUAGAAGAUCUAUAAACAAAUGAUCAUAAAUCAUAAUUAAAGGUUGUAAGACUGGAGUAGUAAGAGAAGCAGAAGGAUGGUAAAGUAGUCUACAAAGAAUCAUAGGAAGCUUUGCUACCUGUGAAGGAGAGAACAUAAAUUGUUGAAGAUGUUGAGGUAAAAUCCACAAAACCAAAUCCAAAGAGUAAAUCGACUGUGAAUUCCUUUGUAUUCUCUCAUGAUACCUUAUAAGAGAUAGCAAAGAGCAUUAGACAAAUUCCCGCCAAUAGCCAUAAGUAAAAGAAAUAGGUGAGCUCUGGAAGUGAAAGUGAAGAUGAAGAACCCCCUAAAAAGUGCAUCAUUAAGUAGGGAACCAAACAAGUCGUUAAGGUAGAGACUCAAAAAAAGGAAGUUAAGAAUAAUAAGAAAAAAAAGGAUGAAUCAGAUGAGAGUUUUGAGGAAUCUUCAGAAGAGGAACCACCAAAAAAAUAGACAUCAUUAAAGAAGCCGACCCCAAAAUAGGUUAAGAGUAAUCAAAAAGGAGGGAAGUAAGUAAGGAUGGAGGAAAGUGAAGAGAGUUAUGGAGAUGAAAGUGAGUAAGAUUAAAAAAAGAAAAGAGUCUCAAGAUAGCAACCCUCCUCUAGAAGGGAUAAACUAGAAUUAUCUCCAAUUCAAGCAAGGAGAAGUAGAGCUCAGAGAAGGUUAGAUAAUGGAGAAAAUGAUAAAGUUGAAGAUAAUUAACUUUAAUCUUAAUCUGUUGAGGAAAAGAAAAAGAAAACUAAGGCAAGUGAAAAGAAAUCCAAAUCUUAACCUGCUCAACCACCCAAAUUUAUUAAGGGAAAAAUUAAUCACAGAUUACAGAGAGAUAAAGGAAAUUAAUGA